GAGAUUCUUUGGCAGUUUUUGGUUUUAACUGACUGUGUGUGUGUGACUAAAAGGCUGAAUUUUGUUUGCAAUUUAGCUGCUGAGAAUAUGGCCCAAUUCUUUCAUAGAAGAAUAGUGGUCUUAAGGAAAUAAUACUUUUUAAAUGUUCAUUUAUGUGCCCAAGAAAGGAUGUUAGCGAACUCUACAAUCAAUAACAGAUGAUUGAUGGCAUCUCUAGUUUCUGUGUCAUCCUAUGCUGUUCCUGUGGGAACUCUUCUGUGUUUGGAAACAAUCAAAUAAACCUUUGAGUACACUUGUGUCAUGCUGAAAACAACAAUCCAUGUGUAGCCAGUGGGUGGCGCAGCUUGGUGAACUGGUGCUCUUGGUUCUGGUGACUCAAGCCGCUCUCAAACCAGCAAUGCCUCCCGUGAUCAAGAACCAACCUUUCAACAUUUUCUGGGCUGCCCCUACUUUGUUUUGUAAAGAUAACUUCGAUGUAAAUAUGAAUCUUCAAGCGUUCAACAUCAUUCCCAAUCCCUUUGAAACCCAGAGUGGAUCCACUAUUGCUGUAUUUUAUCCAAAGGAACUGGGAUAUUAUCCUUAUUUCUCUGAAGAUGGAACAUCCUUCUACGGUGGAAUACCUCAGAAUGUGAACCUCUCUGAGCACCUCAGGAAAAGUGCCAAUGACAUUGCGGAUGCUGUCUCUUUGUGGCGAUCAGAAGGACUUGCUGUUAUUGACUGGGAAGGCUGGAGACCCCAGUGGGAUAGGAAUUGGGGCGGCAGAAUAAUAUAUAAAAACCACUCGCUAGCCUUCACUCGCCACCAUCAUCCUGACUGGGCCGAAACGAAAGUGAGAACAGUUGCCCAGCAAGAAUUUGAAAAUGCUGGAAAAAGUUUAAUGAACGUCACUCUCACGUUGGCGUUAGAAAUGAGACCAAAGCGUUUAUGGGGCUUCUAUCUCUAUCCAGAUUGCUACAAUUAUGAUUACCGGAUAAAUCCAGAGUUCUACACAGGUAGCUGCCCAGACGAUGAAAUUUUCCGCAAUGACCAGCUCAUGUGGUUGUGGGAAAAGAGUGCAGCACUUUAUCCUUCCAUAUAUUUGAGUAAAAUAUUAAAAUCAGACUUAAAUGCACUGAAAUUUGUUCAUUUUCGAGUGAGAGAAGCCCUGAGAAUUGCCGAAAAGGCUAGGAAGGACUAUGCUUUGCCAGUUUUUAUUUUUUCCAGACCAUUUUAUUUGCAAAGUAUUGAAGCUCUGUCAGAGGAGGACUUAGUGCACACAAUUGGUGAAAGUGCUGCAUUGGGAGCAGCAGGAAUAAUAUUGUGGGGAGGAUAUGAAUAUUCUGAUACAAAGGAGACUUGCUUAUCUUUGCAACAAACUGUUCAUGGGCUAUUGGGCCCCUAUGCUCUCAAUGUAACAUCAGCAGCAAAGCUCUGCAGUCAAAGUCUAUGUAACAGCCAUGGAAGAUGUAUUCGGAAGACACCCGACUCCUCCUUUUAUCUGCAUAUGCCUGAAGAUAACCAAACGAAUUCUGUCACGAGCAAAGGUGUCAAUUUUGUCAUUUCUCCAAAAAGUAAACUGAAGGCAAUAGUGAAUAUGAAGAAUGGAUUUGUGUGUCACUGUUACUAUGGCUGGCACGGAGAGUCCUGCAGAUCUCACUCUCCAAAUCUCCAAAAGAACAAGGCUCCUGCAACUGGAUUUAAUUUAGCAGUUUCUGUUGGCAUGACCUUAUUUGUGAUUCUGAUGAAUUUUUUCCUAGUCCCUACUACAAUGGUAAUUUUUCUGUAAAACACCGAAGAGAAGAAAACAUUAUCUUUCUCUGAUUGCAAGCCUUUUCUUAAGAACUUUUAGUUUUAAGUUUCAUACACAUUGUUGGUUGCUCAGUUCAUGGUGGGUAAUUGGAAUUCUAAUCUCAUGAAGAUUAGAAGUUAAGGAUAAACAGACAUGUAUGAUGGUGAUAGUAGUCUAUAGAAUUAAGAGAAAACAGGUUUAAGGCAUUAGGAGGUAUUAGAAAGCACUGGAAAUUUUAUAAAAGAUUGUCACAUAAGGCCUUUAUAGUGAGAAAUCAGAGAGUAGAUGAAUUAAGUCAACACUAUCAGGGAGACAGAUAUUAGAGUUUUCUCCUAUAAUCUGAGCACCUGGAAGGCAGAGAUAGAUGACAAGUUCAAGGCCAGCUUAGCUGACAAAGUGAGCUCAAGUCAGUCAAGACAACAUAGUGAGAAUUUGUCUGGGGGGGGGGAUGGUGGGGGGGAGGGAACUAGAAACAAAAUAGGAAAGAUCCAAAAGAAUGUAUCUGGGAAAUAAAAAAAGAGCAAAUCCAGAGGAUUAAUUCCAGGGAUUGUGAACUUUUAAAUCACAACAAUAAUAAAAAACAACAGCACCAACAAGAAGGACACCAAUAGGAUCGUCACCUAUGGAGAUGAAAAUGACUCUUUAAAUGAUCUCAUCAAGGAUUAACUUUAUCCAGAGUACGUUUGUCUCAUCAAUACCAAAAGAUAAACUUUACUAGCUUUCUACACAAUUGAAUUUAAGUCAGAAAUUCUUUUGUUCAAUACUUUUUGGUUUAUUGAAAUAUACUCUAUCCAAACAG